GCUUUUUAAAGCUUUCAGAAAUGUGCCAUCAUUUUGCUUCAUUUGACACCGUAGUAUCCAUGUCUUCGUCCUCAGCUUAACUUCACGCACUCUCUCUCUAACGCCAGACCCAAACAGGCUAAACCCAUGGAAGGAGAUGGAGACUCGCCAUCCUUCUGGCCAUCACCGCCACCGUCCACCUCCAUAUACCAUCGUCGGCGGUCUUCUCCUCUCCUCAACCCCGCCGUCUUGAUCAUUCUCCUGCCCAUUUUGGCCAUGAUUGUUGUUUUCUUUGCGGUGCCUUCGUUUCUCAACUUCACUUCUCAGUUUCUGAGACCCAACUCCGUGAGGAAGAGCUGGGACUCGCUCAAUGUUCUCCUUGUGUUGUUUGCGAUUCUGUGUGGUGUUUUCGCGAGGAAAAAUGAUGAGAAAAAUGACGAAGUUCCGGAGAAUCAUGGUUCCAGUGGUUCGGUCGUUAUGGGGAAGAGUCAUGAAUCGAUUUCGCAUAAUUUGUUUGAAUUUUCGGAUCGGAAGAUCUAUGAUCCACCGAUUCAGUCCGGUUCAGUCCGGUUGAGGAGGAGCAGUAGCUCGUAUCCAGAUCUGAGGCAGGAGUCGUUGUGGGGCGCCGGCGAUGAUCGGCGGCGGUUCUUUGAUGAUUUUGAAGUGAAUAACUAUCGAUCUCCGGCGUCGUCGGAUUAUGUUCGUCGUCACCGGAGGAGCGAACUCGAGCGGGAUGAUUCUGAGGUGAAGGUCAUACCGGUUGAUACUUUCGCGGUUCGUUCUUCUCCCUCGCCUUCACCGGCGCCUCCUCGCACGCCCCCUCCACCACCACCUCCUCCGCCAAUUGUUCAGCGGAAACCUAGACGAAGUUAUGAAACUGUUGCGCGCAAAGAGAAGUUGAGUAACAGUGACGCUGAUCAAUUCAAGAAGAGCCGAUCUCCGCCUGCUCCACCUCCCCCCCCUCCCCCUCCCCUCCGCCUCCUCCGCCGCGAGUGCCAGGAGGUCAUCUUCCUGAGCAGAAGAGUAGAAAGAGUGGAAGAAAUGGGUGGUGCGACGAAGGAUAUAGCGACGGUUCUUGUUUCACUGUACAAUCAAACGAGGAAGAAGAAGAAGCAGAGAACAAAGAAUAUACACGAAAGCGCAGUACAAUCUCCUCCUUCAGCGACAACACCAAUUCCACCGCCUCCUCCACCACCUCCUCCGCCUCCGUCUAUGCUCCACAAUCUAUUCAGAAAAGGAAGCAAAAACAAGAGAAUCCAUUCCGUCUCAGCAGCACCACCACCUCCUCCGCCUCCGCCUCCUCCACGACCACCUCCACCACGAUCAUCGAAGCGGAAAACUCACAUUCCACCGGCGCCACCAACUCCACCGCCUCCUCCACCUCCCUACACCUCCCGCCGGAGAGCCGCCGGCAAGCCGCCACUGCCCGCUAGAAAGAGUUCUUUCUACGACAGGGACGACAAUGUGAACAGAGGCGGCCAGUCGCCUCUCAUUCCGAUGCCGCCCCCGCCCCCGCCACCACCUUUCCGGAUGCCGGAGCUGAAGUACGUCGUCCGGGGAGAUUUUGUUAGAAUAAGGAGCACUCAUAGCUCUCGGUGCAGCUCUCCGGAGCUGGAUGACGUUGAUCUCUCAUCAAACAAGAGCGCAAUGGACGGUGGAGAUGCGAUCGGGGCCACGUUCUGCCCAAGCCCAGACGUAAACGUCAAGGCGGAUACAUUCAUCGCACGACUCCGAGGCGAGUGGAGACUCGAGAAAAUCAAUUCAUUGAGGGAGAGAAAAAACGUGGGCCUUACCCCUGACCCAAGCCCAAACCCAACCCACACCUCAUAAUUGGCCCACAAUUUUUAAAAAAAUUUUUUGGGUUGAUUUGAUUUCUGCUCACGUACACAAACACCAAAAAAAAAAAAAAAAAAAAAAGGAAAGAAAAAUUAAUUUCUCUACAUAAUAGAGUAUAUAAAUAGUAUAUAUAAAUAUAAUAGAUAUUUAUCGGUGAAUAUGAUUUAGUGGGGAGUGGCUCUGACUGUGGUUUUUGUUCCCCUCUUGGAGACCACCUCGGUAGAUGAUGGGUGCAUUGAAUUUUUUUCAGAUUUGAAUGGCUUGGUGGUAUUGUAAGAUACUGAUGUUUGGAGUGUGGCAAAUAUAUUUGAUGUACUGGGGAUGGACUCUGAUUGUGGUUUUUGUUCCCCUCUUGGAGAACCCCCGAACAACCUGAUUUCAGAUUUCAAUGGUUUGAUGGUAUUAUAAAAUCUUUAGUCCCUGGAGUGCCUUUAAAUGUUUUUACUCCCUUCUA